GAGUGAUGCUGUUGGCGCUGAAGAUAAACUAGGCGUUUCCUAUGGAACAGAGUGUCUUUAAAGAUGCGAAAUUCUUCAUCAUUUCCUGUAAUGACAAAGAGGUAGUUGAUCUUCUUAAGUCUUUGGGUGCUGUGAGCCAUCCCUUCCUAUCAGAAAGUGUACGUUUUGCUAUCAGUGAUGACCCAUCUCUUGCGGAAGUUGGUGAGGCGGAAGAAUUGUAUGCUGUCCCAGUUGUUACUAGUCAUUGGGUGAAACUCUCUGUUGAAGCACAAAAAUUUUUGCCAUUUCGUCCUUUUCAUCCGGACUUUAAACAUAUAUUCGCAGGGACAGUAAUUACAUGCAGUGGAUUGAGUGUAGCCGAUCAGCUUUCAAUAUGGGCUCAUGUUACUAUACAUGGAGGUCAAAUGUGUCAUUACUUGGAUAAGUCUGUUACUCAUGUGGUUGUUGCCAAGGCGGCGGGAAAUUUCUACAAAUAUUGUACUAAUAAAUUGGCGAAUGACAAUGCUGCUUAUGAUGAGAAUAGUUCAAAACCCUUUAUAGUUACACCUGAUUGGAUUGUUGAUUGCUUAUCACAAAAUAAUUUAUUACCAUGUACAUCAUAUCAUCCUGAUUUGUUAAUUCGUACAUCAUUAUCAUCUCCGUCUAAACAAACCUGUUUAAAGAAGCCCCAACAGCCACAACAACAAUUAAAUGAGCCUAAGGAACUAGACUUAUGUCAUGCUAAUAAUUCUAUAAAUGACUCGAUAAAGCAAGAAAAUAAUUUAAUUAUCAAUUCUACAUUAGCUAAUGAUUCAAUAAUGCAUGGUAAUAACAAUAAUAUUGUCGUUGAAGUUAUUGGUACUACUGCUUUGACUUCUAAUGCAAAUAUCACUGUUACUACAAAUGAUAAUAUAGUGAAUCGUACGAAUACACCACAACUACAGCCACCACUUCCACUCCCACAACAUCAGCAGUCACAAAUUCAUACAAGCAAACAAUACUUGGUACAAACUAAUCAACUCAUGCACCAUACAUUACAGUCUACCCACCAGUUAUCGACAGUAUUAUCGGGCGGAACAAACGUACAAGCAGCUACUGGAAUAAGCGUUCAACCAAUUAAUAUGAGAAAUGCUGAUCAAAAGUCACCAUAUGGUAGUGGUUCAUUACCUGUACCUCCGAAUAAACCUGGUCGUGGUGGACAUUCACGCGGCGGUGGCAGCGGUUCAGGUCGUAGUUCGUCUAAAAAAGCCUCUCAAGAUCAGUUUCGAAGUGGUAGUCAGCAACAACAACAACAACGUUUUCCACUGUCACCACCUGUACCAAAUCGUUAUCCAGUUGCUCCAAAUAUGGGGGCUGUUAGCGGAGGGGGUGGUGUUGGUUCUCAGCGAUUCGCACUGAAUCGUCCGCAGGGUGCUGUUGCACAGCGUUAUCCGUCCACUCUACCAAUUUAUACUGAUCCUACAGUUCAACAAGGGCUAAUGCAACAAACUGGAGGGUCUGAUGCUCAUGGAAAUCCUAUUUUAUUAGGAACUAAUUAUUCUACUUCCAGUGUAUCAACAAAUCAUACUAAUGUAAUUUUGACUAAUAGUCUAUUACCGGCUACAACGUCUACAACAACACUUGGCGGACAUUCAGUAAUUGGUAGUAAUAGUAAUAAUGGUGGUGGUAGUAUUAGUAAUACUAUCACAUUGACAACAUCAUUGACUGCAAAUACUGGUGGUAAUGCUUUAAACAGUAUUACUGGGAAUAAUGGAGGAGGAUGUGGCAACAUCGGCAGUGGUUCUAGUAGUAUUAGUACUAAUACUACUACUAUUACUGCCACCAGUACUACGACUACUGGACAUCAUGGCAAGACAAGUAAAUCAAAGUCUAGCAAGCACAUGCAAGAGCAAAAUUUGAAUGAAGAAGAAAAAGACGCUAUUGUUAUGCAAAAUGUGAAAAAUAUUCUCAGUUUACAGCACACAUGGAAUCGGGAAUCAUCUCAUGGUCGAGGCUCUUCGUCAGCAUCAUCUUCUGAAGCUCAUUCAUCCAAUAGUAAUACAGGACAUAAUCAAAACGGAUCAAAUUCAUUUUCUGGAUCUCAAGGAGGAAAUCCAUCUAAUUUGAGCAAUCUUAUUAAUUCUAGCUAUGGUAGUUCAUCCAAUUUGACCAAUUCACAAAUUUCUGGAAGUCAUCGAAAACCGAAAUCACCAAAAUCACCUUGUCGUGCUGUUGGAAGUAAUCUUAGUCAUAAAGUCUCACCGAAAUCGCCAAAAAAUGCUAAAGUUACCGGAGCCACUAAAACUUUAGCAUCACCUCAUCAACAGCAUAUUCAACAACAACAACAACAACAACAGCCAUCUAUUGUGAUGGCCGGUUGUGCUGGUUCCGCACUUCCUUCAGUUUUACUAACUGGUAGUUUACAACAAAUGCAAUAUCGACCGGCUAAUAGUAAUUCACUUCAACCUACAUCCACUCAACUUCAACGGUCUACGACUAUGCAACAUUAUUUAACUACCACAGCUACAAUUGCAUCACAUCAACCACAGUCGUCAGUACAAGGUGGAACAUCAGCUUAUAUUGUACAAAGACAUCCAUGUGGUCAACUUGUAGCUAGUGUAUCACAACAAACAACGCAUGGACAAUUGCAUACACAGUCAUUUGCUGUUCAAAAUCCUUAUCAACGUACUGGUAGUAUAUUGACUGCUGUUAAUAAUUCAACCGUAGCCCAACAACAACAAACCCAACCUCAGGUAAAUGUUCAACAUUUUCAACAUACCGCACCAAUUCAACAGCCAACUUUAUUAGUUCGUACUACUCGUCAACCAUAUCAACAAAAUGAUAACGCGGAAUCACAGUCGGAUAUGACUAUAAUCAGUUCAGAUGGUUGUGGAGAUAUUCUACUAACUAGUAACCAUGUUAAUCCACAACAUCCUUUGUCUUCUAAUCAUCAUCAAAUUUCAACAGGCCAUACUAUUCAAUCAUCAAAUCAUUUAUUUCAAUCAACUCAUCAAUCUGGGCAUAAUUCAACAACUAUUGAACAAACACCUCAUAAUAAACAAAUCGUCAAUUCACAGUCAUCAUUGUCAUCAUCACCAUCAAUCACUCAACAAUUAUUAUUGCAAUCUACUGGUGGAAGUAAUGUAGGUCUUGGUAAUCCUGCUGGUCAACUUAUACAAAUCAAGUCGACACCGUAUAAUUCGUCGCCGGUACAACAAGCUUUGUUAUCGGAAAAUAACCAACACCAUCCUCAUCAUCAUCACCAACAACAACAUCAUUUGGCUACUACAGCGCCUACUACUGUGAAUAGUAAUUCACAGUUAACACCUACUAUGAUUAUUGAUAAUCGUACAUUACAUCAUAAUCAUUCACAACAACAAGUUAUUCAGCCAAACUGUAGUUUAGCAACAACUUCAACACAUCAACAGCAACCGCACCACCAACAGCAAGCGGUACAACUUCAUUUCGCCUUACAAUCACCUACUAGCAAUGUUAGUAAUAAUAAUAAUAGUACCCUGGGAAAUAGUGGUAGUGUCACUAAUCCUAAUCAAGUCAAAUCACCAUCUACAUCGAAUAUUCUGUCUCAGCAACAUUCAACUAUCCCAAGUGGUGGUAAAAUGACACAAUUACAGCAACAGAUACAAACACCUCAAUCGCCUACACGUCAUUCUGUGAAUAAUCAAUUGAAUCGGCAUUAUAUACAACAGCCUCAACAGCCACAUCAAUUCUCUGCUGCAUUGACGCCGCAUCCUACACACUAUCAACAGCAGCAGCAGCAACAACAAAAGGUUCAACUUUCACCUGCUGCUGCCGUUCCUGUUGGGGGUGGUGGCGUCGGUGCUUCACCACAGUAUCAAACAAUCCAUGGUUGUUUUACACCACAACAACAACAGCAGCAACAACAACAACAUCCACAACAGAUUAUAUUUCAAUCACCGACUGGACAACAAAUUAUCGCUGCACCACAACAUCAGUCAAUGUCGAAUACAUUUGGAAGAAGUUUCACUAACUCAGCCCCAAGUGGAGGAAUGCUUCUUCGUUCUGUCCUACCAUGUUCUAACAAUACGAAUAAUACACUUGGAAAUGGUUUCCAUCAAAAUCAAUCUUCAUUAGUCACAUUGACGACUAAUCAACGUGCUGUCCCACAAAUAACUAAUCGAGCUCCAGCUAACAAAGUUCUUUUUCAAACUAGUCCAACAGCUCAGGUAAAUACUAGUAAUAAUAAUAGUAAUAAUGCUGUGCAUUCUACACAACAACAAGGGGUGCAUCAACACCACAACCACCAUCAGCAACAACAACAGCAGCAGCAACCCAUUCACACGCAUCCUCAACAAAUUCAUCCAAGUGGGAUUAUUUCAAGUCAACAGUUAAAAACAAAUCAUCAAAUAGUACAUGGACAGUCAGUAGGACGAGGGAAUGCUCAAAUGGUUAUGGGUGAUUCAUCUUCUGUCAGUGUGAUCAAUGCUCAAAAUCAUCCUCAUCAAACUGGCACAGUUCAUUCUUCAUAUCAUCAUGUAGCAGGGCAAAAUUUAGUACAUAAUAAUAAUGUUGAUCAUUCGUUUAGUCCACGUCCUACACAUCAUUCUCAAGUUGCACAAAUACCAUCAAACAAUCAUUCUUCAUCUACCGUUAAUGUUGCCAACGGUCAAUCACCUCGACAUGCAUCUCAGAUACCUGUUACUACAAUUGUACAAUCUGCAAAUCGACAAAUUUCUUGUAACUCAACACCAAUGAAUGUUUCACAUUCAACGCCUACAAUUAUAACACCUGCAAUAUCAUUAACCCCCACUUACUAUGGUCAUGACGGUAAUCCUUUACCGUCUAAACCGGAAGAAUGUUUAAUUGGUUGUGUUCUAUUAAUUUUAGGCUAUCGAAAUGUACCUGAAUCACAAAAAAUUGUUUGGCGACGUGUUAUGCGUUCACAUGGUGCAGAAGUAGUAAUGGCUUAUGAUCCUAAUAAAGUUACACAUGUUAUUAUUGAUUAUCAACUAGAAGAACCUGAUGUGAUUAAACAAGCUUUGUUAGAUCAUAAACGUUUGGUUACAAUUUAUUGGGUUAACGACAUACUUGCAAAAGGUAGAAUGAUCGCACCAUUUGAAAUUUUACACUUACCAUCACCAUUUUCCAAAGAUAUCACCUUUUCAUUUAUUCGUACACAGAUUAUAUCACUAACUGGUUUCGAAGGUAAAGAUCGUCAAAAAAUUGAAAUGAUCAUACGUCAAAUCGGUGCUACCUUUACUGAUUACCUUGAACCGUCCAACACAUUGUUAGUUUGUAAACAACCAUCGGGUAAAAAGUAUGAAAUGGCUCAAUUAUGGGAUAUACCAUGUAUCAAUGUACGCUGGUUACAAGAUCUUUAUUUUGGUGAUUUAACAACACUAUCUUUACCAAUACUUCAUAAAUAUUUAUGCUUUGAAACAUCAGAUGUAACAAUUUCACUGGAACGAUGUACUCCACGUGUACAAGAUUUAAUGGUUGGAUGGCAAAAUCCAAUUCGAUUAACUCAAGAAAUAUGGAUACGUUCUACUAAGUUAUCUCAUGAUUUUGCUAAUGAAGAACGUGAACGUAAGCGUAAACUUGAAUUAGAAACUAGCAUAAAUUACAAUGAUAGUAGUAAUAAUCAUUGUAAAGUUAAAAAAUCCAGAUGUUUACUAACUUCAUUAACUGAUGAAGAGAUAAAAAUUGCAAUGUCAUGUCGACCAAGAUAUGAAAUUCUCUUGUUAGAAGCUGAACAAAAACGUGAAUUACAAGCGACUAUGAAAGCUAUUGCUGCAUCAGCUGCGGCGGCGGCCGCUGGCGAUCCUCAGAGUACUCCGGAAAGCGAGACAAGUCUUCAUAUUUCAGCUGCUGCUGCUAUUGUUGCGGCAACAACUAUCACUGUUUCGCCUGUAACUACGAUUACUACUAUUACUACUACCACUACUGCCGAUAGUAAUAAUAAUAGCGGUAUUGCUGAUUACACUAAUUCAACCUCAAAUAUAUCAGUUAGCACAGUCAAUAAUGGUAAUGUUGACACAAUGUCUAAAACUAACUCGUUGAUCCUUCAUCCGUCCAAUACUAAUCAUAAUAUUGUUGCUGUUAGUCAGUCAUGUUCUGUUGAUUCAGUUGAAAUAUCUAAUCUGCCAGCUGAUGUUGUUUGUGAAGAAAAUAAUUCUAUUAUAAUAAAAAUGGAAUGUGACAAUCACGUGUCUUCGGUUGUGAAUGAAUCCAACGAUAAUAAUAAUAAUAAUAAUAAUAAUAAUAAUAAUAAUAAUAAUAAUAAUAAUAAUAAUAAUAAUAAUAAUGACAAUAAUAUUACAGAUUCUGUCAAACAACAACAAACUGCCGAGGAGUCUAACUAUUUGAAGCAUGAAGAAUGCAAGAAAAUUAAAGAAGAAUCCAAAGUAAUGCCGCAAAAUACUACCCUAACGGAUGAAUCGGAUUCUGACUAUUCUCGAUUACUGAACGAAAACCAGUCAUUGGAAUUGGAUCCCUCCAUGGCAGAUAAAAUUGUCUGCUGCAGUGAAUCUUCAAUAGUCACUUCUGAAAAUAUUCCAACUAGUGAAAACAUUCCUUUUUCUCCUAAUCACGAUAACACUGUUGGUGGUGUGGUUGCUAAUGCUGAUGACGCAAUUGUCAGUAGUGAUAACGACGUUCAAAAUGACAACAAUAUGAAACUUGAUUACAAUGUUGUUACCUAUAGAAUGAAUACGAAUGAAGACUCGAUUCGAAUGACAUUUGAAUCAAAUGAUAUUGGUGAUCGUGACAAAAUUGCGAGUACUGAGAAGACAAGUAAUAAUGAAGUUUAUAAGGAUAAUAUUGAUAACAGUGAUAAUAAUGAUAGCGACAUUUACGAUAAGGUUCCACAAGUAGAUGAUAUUGCCAUAGUAUCAUCAUCAACAUCUGUUUCUAACGGUUGUUUAUUCAACGAGACUAAAGUUUCUCAGACUUCUAUAAUUGAAGUGAAUGCCAAUACUAUGGAGUCAUCUAUUUCAGAGACUAGUUCAGUGAUAAUUCAGAAAGAUACGGAUAUUGUGAUGACUGACGAAUUGACUAUUGUCUCUUCAGAUGUUACUACCACUACUACUGAUUCAGUGAUUGUAAAAGAUUUACAUGACAAUAUUAUUCAAUCUAACAAUAUAAACAACACACCAGAAACAACAACAGUAUUUACUAGUGACAACGUUUGUUCAAUCAUCGAAUCCAGUCAUUUAUGUGGUGAUGAUGAUGCAGUUCGUAAACGCUUAGCCACUAGUCCUAUAGAUGACAUGAUGAUGGAUAGUAAACGACGCGCAAUAGAAACAAAUUCAGUUGAUUCCAGUUCGAAAAUAACUAAUAUCAUUGCUUACUGUCCAGUCACUUCUUUCUCUUCACAGCAUACACCUCCUUCUUUGUCUUCGUCUUCUUCUUCUACAUGUCAGUAUGAAAGUAAAAUAACUGAAAAUGUAUCUAAUUCCGUGUUGAAUGGUCACAUCAAACUUGAUGCCGAAAAUUCAAUAACAAUGCCUAUAAUUAAAAUUGAUGAAAAAUUAAAUGGAAUAGAAGAGGAUAUUUCUGAAUCUUCAAGUCAUAUGGAUGAUGAUACUAAUGAUAAUAUAGUUGUAGAAGACGUUGUACAAAAUAUAAAUGAUAAUAACAAUGAUAUUAUUGAUACUGUUUGUAGUGAAGAUACAGACUCAAAAAAUCAAUCAACUAAUCAUCAUCAUGAUGACACAACGGUACUACUCCCACCUAUUUGUACAGAGAUCAGGAUUACAUUCACUGCUAUUGAUUUGGAAUCACGGUUAAGUUUAACUGAAUUAUGUUUACAAUUACCUGAUUGUAAAAUUGUUGAUUCAGCUGAAGAAGCUACUCAUUUAGUAGCUAAGCGACUAAUUCGUACACCAAAAACAUAUAUGGCUGUUGCAUUAGGCUGUUAUGUUGUAACACCAAAAUGGAUACAAGCUUCUGUUAUGUGUGGUUAUUGGUUAGAUGAGACACCUUGGAUUUUAUCUGAUCCAGAUUCGGAAACUCAAUUAGGUAUUGAUUUGAAAAAGUCAAUUAGUAUAGCCCGUAAACGUCAAAUGAUUGGACCAGAAGCUGGUCUAUUUGCUGGUUUAGAAUUCUGGUUUUCACCAGGUGCAUGUCAUCGUGAAAUGUGUAUUGCAUUAAUUAAAGCUGGUCAUGGUAUAAUACGUCAAAGGCGGCCAACACAAAAGAUGGCGUUAUUGGCACAACCGAAACAAUUGAUUAUUUGUCAUGAAGAUGAUAGUCAUGUGGCUAAUUAUUUAAUGCGUACUAAAACAGGCAACAAGGCUGUUCAUCAUGAAGAGUUUAUUCUAAGUGGAACUUUACGUCAAGAACUUGAUUAUGAUGCUUAUCAAAUUCAAUAUGUAAGUACAUUACGCAAUAGUUUGAAAGCUGCUGUUGCUGCCGCAGCGGCUGCCACUGCCUUAUCUAAUAAUAAUAAUAAUAUCAAAAAUGGUAAUAAUAACAAUAUUAAUGCAUCAGUUACUAUUCUACCACCACCUACAUCAUUAAGAUUUGAUAAUCAUAGUAGUAAUAAUAAUACUAUUAUAGAUACUCAAAAUAUUUUAUCAUCAUCAUUUGGUGGACUAAUUCCUCGUUGCCAAACUGAUCCGUUAAUAAACAAUCAACAAAUUCACUUAUCUUCAUCGUCGAUUGUUCAAAAUCCUUCAAGUCAACAAUCCAAUUAUCCACCAACAACAUUCCAUCAAAUAGUCGUUAGUUCAUCAUCUAUAACAAAAAAUACAUCGUCUAUGUCUAAUGAUGUUAAAUUUAUUCGGUCGACUAUUGCUAGUUGUAAUGAUGUCCAUGAUACACAUAUCCUAACUGAUUCUUAUGUUACAUUAUCUUCUUAUAAACCUUCAACGAACAUCCAGUCACUUUCAAAUAGUCAUCUUCAACUUACAUGUUCUUCUGAUAUUUCAUGUCAGUCAGUAAUUAAUAAUACAACCUGUCGUUUAGUAUCAAAAAUCACUAAAGCUGAUACUAAUCUCAGUUACCUUUUAUCACGAUCAAAUACGUUAGAUCAAAUCUCAAUUAAAAAUAAUUUAACAUGUAGUCUUGAAUGUGAUAUAACAAAUACAUUGUCUACAUCAUUUCCAUCCUUAUCAUCAUCAGGUUGUAUGUUAUUAUCAUCAACUAUUUCACCGUCAGUAUCAUCCCAUCAAGAUUUUGGUGAUAUGCAAUCAGAUAGAACAAUCGGUGCGUCUAAUAAACCAAUAUCUGAUUUAAUCAUAUCAGUUUGCAAUGUGAAUACAUGUUCAACGAUGGAUUCACUCAAUACUAAUAAUAAUGAUAAAAAUAAUUCUAUUAUGCUACCACCGAAACCAUCUGCUACUGCAUAUAUUGCUAGUUUUGAUAAUAAACGACUUAUUAUUGGAAAUAAUCGAUCUACAAAUAAUAGUUUAUUAUUAAAUUGUACUAGUUCAACAGUUUCUGAUGCAUUUUUAUCUAAUCAAGACACGAAACCAAAUAUUCUACAUCGUUCGGUUACACCAUUGACUGCGAUGAUUGUAGCAGCUGAAUCAGUUGUUGGCGAUUUAAUAAAUCCAUUAUCUAUAUACGAUACAAAUAACAUUCCCGUUUGUUCUAUUCAAUCAACAUUUAUAAUAUCGAAACCAAGUGGUUUUCUUAGUCAAUUGUCUAAUGUAACUGGUACUAUUACUAGUAAUAGUAGUAAUAACAAUAGUAAUAGCAGUAAUAAUAAUAAUAGUAGCAGUUCCACAGUCAAUUUAAAUGCAAGAAUAGCAGCUGCAGAUGCAAAUGCUGUGGCCAGUGCGACAGCGGCUGCAGCGAGUGCAUUAAACAGUAAUAAUCAUAAUACAGGUGUUAUUGUUGUCAGUGCUAACAGCGGUUGUGGCAAUAAUAAUAACGAUAGCAAUGCUGAAAUUAUCAACAAAACUGGUAUAGGGCUAACAGUUUCAACACCUGUAAUAAUUGUUGGUGUUGGUAGUGAUAGUGGUCUUGGUAUACCGAUCCGAUCAUCAUCAUCUUCAUCACGAGGCAAUAUAUUGGCUGCAAAUAAUACAUUUCCUUCAUCUGAAUUAAUUGAUUCAUCAAGAAAUUUGUUAUUUAACAUUCAACAACAGCCGGUAUCCUCUUCCUCUGUCGCUUUCACCACAUCAUCACCAACAAAAUUAUCAUUAACAAUUGGAUCAUUGGGUGUAGUGAAAAAUCUUAUUAAAAACCAAACUGAUUUUAGAAUGAAUAAUUCUCUCGUAGACAAUAUUACUAUCAGCAUUGAUAGUAUUGGUAACAAUAAUACUAAUAGUAAUAAUGACAAUAAUAAUAGUACUACAACGGAUUCAUCACUCAUUUUUCAAUCAUCUAUGCCACUACAACAAUCUUCGCAUAAAUUAAUAUCUUCAGCAAUUCCAGUGAAUACAACACAUGACGACUGUGAUAAUAAGGUUGGUGAUGCAGUCAGUCUUCCAUAUUCCUUUUCAUUAUCAUCAUCAUUGUCGUCCGAUUUCGCAUUGAUUCAUCAUAAUACAGCAAUAACAACAACUCACAAUAUUGUUCUUGGAAAUACAUCGAAUUAUUUUGUUGUCCAAUCAUCGUCCUCACCGACAUCAGUAACUACAACAUUGUCAUCUUCAAUGCCUGUAUCGUACACAUCGAAUUUAAUUCAUUGUUUGGAUAAAGAACAUUCAUCCGUCUUCUCCACUUAUCAAACUAACAGUAAUAAUAAUGAGUGUUCUGAAAUAUCUGAUUCACAUAUUGAAAAUAAUAAUGAUAAUUCAAUUAUGACUACUGGUGGUGCGGCUGCCAAUACUACUACUAUUUGUAACAUGACUAGUGAUAAUAAUGCAGUUGUGAUGACGACUCCUCUAACAGAAUUAUAUUAUCCUAAUAUUAUGAAUGAAGAUAACAUCAAUUGUAAUAACAACGACAUUGUGUGUACAGUACAAUCAACUACCCUUAAUAUACAGACAUCUUCGAAUUCUACAAUCUCUUUUUGUUCAUUGCCGUGUUCUAUACCAUCAAUAAUACCAUCGUCAACAUCUACAACAACAAUAACAAUGUUAUGAUGAUCAGAUUAAUUGACUCAAUGGUAAGCACUUUACAGUUUGUUUUGUUUCUCUUUGCACUAUAAAGUUAUGAAUAUUCGUAAAUUCCUAAAAAAUGAAAUUAUCCCAACUUAAAUCCCUAACAGUUGUUGUUGCCUCAGGGCUGGCCUGCGUCAACAACUAAAUUAAGGAUAGGGAGUGAAAUAGUCGAACGCGUUGACAACUUUAAUUAUCUUGGAAGUCUGAUCAGCCAUAAUGGGUUGGUAUCUGACGAAAUCUCAGCACGAAUUCCAAAAGCUCGUUUGGCUUUUGCCAACUUACGUCACCUAUGGCGAAGACAAGAUAUCCGUCUAUCAAUUAAAGGACGAGUAUACUGCGCAGUAGUUUGUUCUGUUCUACUUUAUGCCUGCGAAACGUGGCCAUUAAGAGUAGAAGAUACUUGUAAGUUACAAGUAUUCGAUAACAGAUGUCUUAGAAAUAUUGCUCGCAUCUGCUGGGAUCACCGGGUAAGUAAUAGUGAGGUUAGACGUAGGGUACUAAGGAAUGGUGAUAAAUCAAUUGAUGAGGUUGUGAAUCUUCAUCGACUGAGAUGGUUGGGCCACGUGCUACGUAUACCUGAACACUGAUUACCAAGACGCCCAAUGCUGACUAGUGUUGGAGACGGUUGGAAGAACGUUAGAGGUGGCCAAACCAAAACGUGUCAUCAGUGCUUGAAGUCACUAACUUCUAGUCUGAGUCAUGUUUGGAGAUGCAGACUACUUGGUGGGGGUCCGCGUGACUAUCAUAAUCAAUGGUUGGAGACUCUUGGUGACAUGGCUCAGAAUCGAUCACAAUGGCGUCGGUGUAUACACUCUUUGUCUUCCUUUGAACUAUGAGAUUAAAAUCGCUUCAUAUCUUUCUUUCUACGAACUAAUUCUUUCUUUCUGUAAUAUAUCGUUAUAAACAAUCUUUCUUUUAUAUAUUACCACUGCUGAAGUAACUACCUUUAUGAAUUUGGUGUUCAUCUUGUCGUGCUAAUGAGGUGUGGCAACUUGGCCGAUGGAUAUAUGUGGCUGGUCCUACGUUGUAGCUGAAUGACUGACUGAAAUGCCUAAUAUUUUAUAUGGUACCUUGCUGAUAUGAUAUGACGAAUCGAACCAAUGCACAAAUGUGCCAGGUUUUACGACACGCGUGACUGUCGGUAACAAUAUGUGUAUAUAAAUAAAGAGUACUAGUUAUAACCAGGUUUGAUCCCCCGUCAAUGUACUUCGAUUUUUAUAGCUGGAUAUUACCUCUAGCCCUCAAAUUUAGAAUGUAACUUGAAGCCAAGUACUCGAGUCUGUACCUCGUAAAUGAGUUAAUUCCAAUUCUCUUAGAUUGGAUCCAAUCACAUUUAAUCAAAUAACAUCAGUGUUAACUGUCUCCCUCUUUUAGGUGCUGUUCCCGUCGCAUAAUAGCUGUGAGUAUAACCAUUUUCGAAUUAUCAAGAAGAGCGAGUGACCAUAUUAGAGAAUUUGAGAAAGGUUAAUUUUAUCUAAAUUUAUUUAAAUGAAAUACUAUGUAAACUCGUUCAUCAGCUACUUGGAUAUGAUCCACACUCUUUGUGAGGGUUAAUGAUACUAUCCUAUUACCCAAACUGAAGUAGAUGGAGUGGGGUUCAAACAUAACCAAUUCGAGCCCCUGGUAGGCUAUCUGCAUCACUCGUUUAUUCAAUGUUUCAUCCUCAGAAAACGAUUCAACAUCAUUUUUGCCCGGUGAAACCACAAAAAGAAAAGCUUUCGAAUUGUAGUGUAAGUGUUCUAGCGAUUCGAAUUUAUAAGCUCAUACCUACAAAAAUUUGUUACUCUUGAAGAAGCUCGGAAAAAUGUCUCGUUUUGUCGAAUAAAUUAUAACAUCAAAGCCUAAGAGAGAAACCUGAUUUACAAAGUGUUUGAACUCUAGUUUUACACAACUAAAGGCAUGUUUUAAAACUUCAUCAUUAGUCAAAUAAACUACUGAGGUGACUUUUUAACUUCGGAUGAUUGUAAGGUAAGGAACAACGGAAAAGUUUAUUUCGAUAGUAAGCACUUUAUCACUGUUUUACUGCAGUAUAUUUUUUAGUUCCGUUUCACAAUCAAACUUUCGGGUGACUGCUCUUAGUAAUUUUGUUUAGGCAUUUCAACUGACUUGGUAUAACCUGAAUAAAUAAUCAUUCCAAUCAGCAUGACUGAACCGUGCCGUGAUGUCAGAAUAAGAGCCACAGCUUGGAAACAGUUAGUGCCCAUACUAAUUGAUUGGUUUUAUGCAGUGGGAGAGAUCGGUUGACUGAUAGGAUCCUCAAUCGAUUGAUUGGAGCAACCUGUUUUUCUCUUAUACUCUUACGCUUGUUAUGACCAAUGAUGUUAAUUAGAAACAAAGACUGAAAAUGGUCGAAACAAGAUAAAUAAUUGAUCCAUUAGUCUUAGUCGUUUGAUUCUUCCAAUCGAUGUUCAACACUGUCAUUGGUCAAUCUUUCUUGACUUAUCAUAUAUGGAUUCUGUACGGAUUGCCUCGAUAUUACUAUUAAGUCACAAGCAUUUAAGCAGAAAUGGAUAAUGGUUAGUCGUGGAAUCCAGAGCAUGCCUUUCGUUCUAAUCGGAAUUUGUCAGCUGAAUGUAUCUGAAUCCCAGAGUCGGUGUUCACUCCGGAAUUAAAAUUCACCAUAUUGCACAAGUCAGUGGCCAUCUGGACUCGUAAUCUAAGUGAAUUAGGCGUUGGUGUCUGAGUCAAAAGGCACUGGAUUCGAAUUCCAGAGUGAACAUCAACUUUACGAUGCAGGUACAUGAAGCUGACGAUUCUCAGAUAGGACGAAACACUUGUUUUGCAUCUCAUUGCUAACAGCCAUCCGUCUCUGCUUAAGAUAAAUAAUUAGCUUCAUUGAUUUUGUUACUGUUUAACUGAAGAAUAUAUAUAUAUCAGUGUUUUCUGUUCCUAGGUUAUAUCAUUUUCUAUUGUCUUCUGAUGGUAUUAUCUGUGUCGUCUCAAUGGCUUCUUCUUAGAUGCUUUGCUCAUUGCAAUUCAUCACAAUUAUGUACAUCAUACUGCUUCUACUAUCAUCAUUGAUUUUUUUGCGACAUCUAUUACAAAAUAUCGAUCCAAACAGUAGUAUUUUUUUGGAAGAAAAAGCUCAAAUCUGUUACUUGUUUGAUUUAUUUUGUUCUUGCAGAACGUUCUUACUCCUUAUCAACAUUAGUUGUUCUUUUUUGUUUGCUAAUCCUCCGUUUUUUUGUCAAUUGUAUUUCUGACUGGGAUUGUUUCCAAUACCAUCAAUCCUUUCCUUUUUUUUAAUUACACACGUUCAUGGUCACCCUUAUAGUCUACCUGUAAUUAUGCACACACAUACAUGAAAUACACUUAUCAUAACAUUUCAGCUAUAUAUCACCUUUAGGGUUGUCUUUUUAAAAAGUCCUUAUUAUGUUAUAUACACAGAGUUUCGCAAUGGUACUUAUGUAAUUCUUGCCAACAUUUGUUUCUUUUGGUUGUAUUAUCGUUUAAUGAGGAUACCUUUACAACAUACUCUGUAAUGUGAAAUUUGUAUUCAGUAAUAACUUAAUACCUUUGCCUAUUCAUUGGAUUGUAUUUCUGUACAUAUAUAUAUAUAUGCCAGACAUGUAGGAUAAUAUAUACAGUGACGAUGUUCAUAUACAAUGUCUUGUAACUCAUAUUGUUCUGUUUUGUUUAUUUGUUUCUUUCAUUUGUUUGUUUGUUUACUACUGACUUAUAUAUUUUUUGUACAUUUUCCAAGUGUUAUCCUACGCGUUACUCUUCUUUAUUAAUCUCUUACUGCUUUCCCUUGUUAUUAUUAUUAUUAUCAUAUGGAUAUCUUUAAUUUCUUUUCUUUAAAGUGUAGUUGGACAUACUCGACAUAAAUUUAUAAUAAAUAAU